CUACUAAUACUGUGUAGAGCUACCUGAGCUCUACAGGCUAGCUAUAAUAGCAAAGCUUUAGCUAGCAAUCAACAAGGCUUUCAAGUUUCAACAACCUUGAAACCAAACCCAGAUCUUUCUCUCACAAUUUCAAGUUUGCAGCCUCAAAACCGCCUUCUUUCUCAAUCCCAAAUAAUUAUAAAAAGAAACACCAGCCAGCCAUCCUCACCAUGAGUGCAACUACCUUUUACCCCUGCGCUGACAGUGCCGUUCACAUGAACCUUCGAGGUGUUCAGCACCUGGAAGCCAACCGCUUCUUGGAAGCCAUCACAGAGUUUUCUCGUGCUCUUACCACUGUCAAGACUGUCCUUUCCCAACAAGAUUCCAACGGCAACUUGAUCAUGGAGACUGAUGAAUACGCCACCAAGGAACCAAGGCUCAUCUUUCAGUUUGCCGAACCAGACGACGACGACGAUGAUGAUGAAGAUGAAGACAGCAGCAGCAUGAAGGUGGACCAACAACAAGAAGAGGGUUCCCCCUUUAUCUUCAAGAGCGCCAUUGUGGCUAGCUUUUCGUGCCGCGCAUCUCCUGCUCAAGAUCAAGACGACUUUCAUUCGUUGGUCAAGUUCUCCUCCUCCAUUCUCUUCAACCUCGCUCUCAGCUACCAUUUGGCUGCCAUGGAGCAUGCUUCCAGCAACGAACAAAAGAUGAAGCGACUCCUUCAAAAGGCAUUGACAUUUUACAAGCUUGCCUACACAAUGAUGCAGGAUACCAAGAACAAUGGUGUCAUGGAGACCAUGGCCAUUGCCAACAACUUGGGACAUGUCCAGCUCACCGUUGGCGACAGCGACAAGGCCCGACAGUGCUACGAACACUUGCUUAGCACCAUCAUGUUUGUUGCAGAUACGGGCGACCGCAACAGCAUCCCACAAUUCGAUGGCUUUUUCCACAGUGUUCAAGCAGUCGUUCUUCCCUUUGGAACCACUGCUCAAGCUGCAUAAGCGUUGCUUGCAUCAAUCGAUUACUGUCCUACUACUAGCUACCGCUCCUUUACAUGAUACACUUCUUUUACAUACUACACUGUACUAUUAAAACUGCUCAAUUAAAAGAACAUCAUCUUUC